AUGCACGCAUCGUUGCGCUUGUUAAGGCAUGCAGGCAAAGGAAAUAUAUUUAGCUUCUACUACCGUUGUGUGCAGUUCUCACCACACCCUGAUAAACAGGAAACUGGCGGCGAGGAUGCGUUUCUUUCGCUACUUGGAGUGCAGGCGGUUUUAGAUGGUGUGAGUUGGUGGAAGGAGCAUCGCACGGUGGAUGCUGGUUUAUACAGUGCUGCGCUUGCCCGUGCGAUGCAUGCGUAUGUGGAGGAAGAACUAAUGGGCGAAAAUCCCGCCUCCUCGUUGGAUGUUCUGCAGCACGCAUAUGAUGUAUGUAAGACGGAAGAAAUUGAAGGAACCGCUACAGCACUUGUAGCGACACUACAGCCGUUGCGUGAAGAAGAGGUAGCGACUGCGAAUAAAAGUGGCAACAGCUCAAACUCCGUUUUAGAUAUCUGUAGUCUUGGAGAUUGCACGGCGGUGUUGGUUCGUCGUGGGCGUGUGGUGUUUGUGAGUAGUGAACAGACACACGAUCUUGACUUCCCAUACCAAUUGGGAAAAGGUAGCGGAGAUACACCGUCACGUGCGUUGAAUUACCGCAUACCAGUAGAGGCCGGCGACAUGCUGUUACUAGGGAGUGAUGGUGUGUUCGACAACCUCUACCCUGUUCGUGUAGCUGAUAUUGUGUGGUCGCCAGUAAACCGAGUGCGCAUGGAGCACAACGUUGACAGCGGCAGCACAGCGUGGAGAAACAAACCGCUUCUCUUCUACGAGAGUAUGAUGCACGCCAUCGCAACAGGGUCGGAGGAUGCACUGCGGGAGGCGCGAUGUGCUGCACGGGACUUGCAUGCGGAUACUCCAUACGCCCAUAAGGCAGUAGAGGGUGGGGCCUACUACGAGGGUGGGAAGCAGGAUGACAUGACAUUGCUUGUGUCUAUCAUUGAUGAGGAGUGUGAGAUGGGGACGGGGGAACGUAUCAUACGCAGUACGGUGAUGAAUCCAUAUCCGUACAGAGAUUGGCCAUAA